AUGUGCUCCAUAGCUCUCAGCUUCUUUGCUUCCGACCAAAAUUAUGCAACAUUUCUACAUGUCCUUACCAUCAUUGAACUUUUCAUUCACUCUUUUGGAGCAUACAUCAUCAUUGCAAAAACGCCGAACAAGUUGAAAUCCGUGAAGCCGAGCAUGUUAUAUCUACACUUUGUCGGAGCAUUUGUUGAUGUUGGUUUCAGUGUGUUCACUAUGCCAGUUCUACAUUUACCCGUUUGUGGAGGCCAUCCUCUCGGGUUAUUUCAAUUUUUCGGCGUUCCAGUCUCUGUGCAAACUUAUUUCGGACUUUCUUUUCCUACAGUAAUGGUCGCGACCAUUGUGGUGUUUCUGGAAGAUCGUCGAUAUCGGUUGGUUAACGGUCAAAAGUCAAGCAAAACAGAAAAUGGUAUCAGUUAUUGUUUGUUGGGCUACAUUAUAUUUAUGCCACAACAUACCAUGCGCCGGUAUUCUUUUUCCUUCCCGAUCAAGAUGAUGGAAGACUUGUAUUGAAAAGUAAAACUCAGUGUAUUCCCACAGAAGUUUUCGAUCAUCCAAACUUCUUUCUGCUCGAGCACAAUGGGACACAUAUUGGUUAUUGCAUAUUAUUCUUGAUGAGUAUUGUUUUUUCUCAAAUGUUUUUGCAAUUCGGGCUUAUUUUUCGACAUUUGCUUAAAAAUACGCCCGUCUCUAGAAGCACAAUUCGAUUACAGAAGCAAUUUUUUAUCGCAAUGAGCAUGCAAGUUAUUAUUCCGACACAAUUCUAGGUGCAACCAACAUAGCGUUCAUGGUAAUGUCCAUACAUGGAGUGUUAUGCACUUUGACAAUGCUAACGGCAUACAGACCUUAUAGAGAAUCAAUUGUCCAAAUGUUAAAUUUGAAUUUCAAUCAGUCCGGUAUCCGAGCUCAACGUAUUUGGAAGCUUUCAAGAAGAAAUAAUUAG